GACUCGAUAACAGUUAUGGCAAAUAGUAUGACACUCGCGUUUGUGAUCACCAGCUCCAGUUGGUUCUUUCUCUUGGUUGAAUCUUCGCCACGGAUUAUAUUCCCCGAUGGUAUUAUAGAGGGUCGUUAUUUUAUUACCGAGAGUGGUAGGAACAUAUCAGCAUUCAUUGGUAUACCAUAUGCCGUACCACCUGUGAAUGAUCUUAGAUUCAAAAAUCCUAUACCUUUUGGGUCUUGGAAUGGAACGUUAUUAGCAAAUAAGGAUGGUAACAUGUGUCCACAAUUUAGGAAUGGUGUUGUCAUCGGUGAUGAAAAUUGUCUUUUUCUGAACGUCUAUACCCCAUUGUUACCAGGGAACGAAACAGUCAUAGAAGAAUUAUUACCAGUCAUGGUAUGGAUUCAUGGUGGAGCUUAUACAAGGGGUUCUGGUACCUUGGCGGAUUAUAAUCCUUCAUAUCUCAUGGAUAAGGAUAUUGUUUUAGUUACGCUGAAUUAUCGAUUGGGUAUCCUAGGCUUUUUAAGCACUGGAGAUGAUCAGGCAUCGGGUAACUUUGGUCUGAAGGAUCAGGUCGUUGCUCUUCAGUGGGUUCAACAGCGUAUCAAGUAUUUCCAGGGUGAUCCUGAUCGGGUGACAGUUUCUGGGACAAGUGCUGGUGGUGGUUCGGUUAAUCUAUUAGCCCUCUCAGAUUUAACUACAGGACUUUUUCAUCAGUUCAUCAUCCAGAGUGGAUCAGCUCUUUCGUCUUGGGGUUAUUAUAAAAAUUCUAAUUACGUCGAGAAAGCGAAACUCGUUGGGAAGUAUUUAAAUUGUCCCACUAAGAAUUCAUCCUACCUGGUCACAUGUCUUCGUAAUAUCAAUGCUGAUAAAAUUAUCGAUACACAUUCUGCUUUUGAUAUGUUGUCGUCACUGUCGAAUCUUAUAUGGGGACCAACCGAUGAACAAGAAGGAGAAGGUGCCUUCAUAACAGAUGAUCCUGCAAAUCUAUUAGCUAAUGGGAAAUUAAAGGAUUUUCCUUUUAUUUCUGGACUAAAUAGAGACGAAGGACUACUUAUUACUAAUUAUCUCUACGGGAACAAAACAAUUACCGGUUUUGCAAUGCGCCAUUUGGAUUUAGUUUUACAAUUCGUAUUGCGGCUCUACGUUAAGUCUGACAAUAUUAAAACUGUCACGGCUCAAAUUAAAAAGUUCUACUUUGGCAAUGGGGAAUUACAGAACGAGACUUUGUUUAUCAACAGCUACACCAAGUGCCUUGAAGAUAUCAGCUUCUUUUAUCCAGAAAUAAGACUUUUGGAAUUUCACUUGAAAAGUGGAAGCAAUCCUUCGUAUUUCUAUUUGUUUAAUUAUAGAAGUGUUUCUACUAUGAAUCCUAUUUAUAAGUACUAUGACACUAGUAGAGGAAUUCCUCAUGGCGUUGAGGUUAUGUUUCUAUUUCCUCAACAAGACCCUUUCGUUGUACUUAAUGAUGACGAUCGAAUGAUAAAGAACCUCAUGGUGGAAAUAUGGACGAAUUUUGUUAUAACUGGCUUUCCACGAUCCGACGCAUUGGGUGAUCCAGAUAUGUGGAAUCCAUAUUUCAAGAAGAGGAGUUAUUUACAAAUCGGAAAUGAUACAAAGCCAACAAUAAGUUUACAUAACAGUUUUUACAAUGAUAGAAUGGAUUUCUGGAAAGCUAGCAUGGAACAUGUCUAGCAAUAUUUCUUUAAAAAACGUAAAACAUUAGAUAAUUGAAAAUAAGCGAACUAAUAAUUAGUCUUAAGUAAAGAAACAAAUAGAGCAAAGUAAUUUCUUAAUCAGAUUUGAAAUAAAUUUUACUUUUGCAAAUGCAAUAAGCAGAAGACAUUCGCAUCAGCUCGAUGUCAAAAUGUACUAUAUAAAAGAAAGGAUCGGUCGUCAAAAAGAAUUUCAAGAUAAUUAUCUCAUGGCAAUUUUUUUUAAUUAAUCUUCAUCACUUGGAAUUGGAUGAUCAAUUUUAUUCCAUAGUACAAAAAUGAAAAUUUAAGCAAGUGGGGCCUGUGGCACGUGAGUUCCGCUAACACGGAAACCAUCUACAUCAGCUACGUAGCUCAGGCUGACGGGAGCUCCAUCAGGAGCAGUGUACUGAUAAGAUCCAGUGUAUACAAGAACGUUGUCCUUUCCAUCAGCAGUGGGUUUCAAAACACCCUUGGAAGUAACAAUAGUACCGUCUCCUGAUACGUAUCUGCAAUUAAAAUAUAAGGAAUUUAUUAAAUAUAAUUAAAUAAUUAAUCAUUUCAAUUUCACUCUAUGAAGAAAAGAAUCAGUUACUUUAGGUCGUAUUGUCCAUCGUCCGUGCGUUGAUUAGUGUAUUCCACAAUGGGAACAGCUUUCGGUGGUUCAGCGAGGGCUACGGCCACAAAUGCAGCGAGAAUGAAAGCCUGAUAUGAAACAGCAUAAAUAUAUUGAUACAGUAGAGAGAUUAAUACUUAAAAUAAUUAUUAACACUUUUUUAGAUUCAAUAUAAUUUUGUAUUACACCUAUUAAUUCGCUAUAAUAAUUCUCCAAUAACUUACGAUCUUUGCCAUGCUGAUAAUUGGGAGAUAGUGUUCACUUUUAGGAGUGGACAAAAUGUGACUGUGCUAAGAAAUAGUAAAAUCGUUAGUAUAUAUACAAAGAUGAAAAGAGCCUCGGGAUAACUAAAAAAGCAGCCUAUGCCUCAAGUGGUAAACGGAAAAUCUCGAACAAAACAGAAUCAGUAAGAAAAUGAGCAUUGCGACAGAUUUCAAUGAUUAUUUAACUAUAAGCAACGGACAUUAUACUAAAUUUAGAAGAGGAUGUAUACAUACGAGGAUUAAAUAUAGCAAAACAGUACAUGAA